AGGACUGGUGUCCUGGGCAGGAGAAAUGAGACACCCAAAGGCCUGCAUGCGUGAAAUAGAAAAGUGAUAUCCUGAGGCUGAGCCUACAGAAGCAAGGAUGCAGAACAAUUAUGGUUAUUUGGUAAUUCUGAUUAGCCAAACCUGCUCUCCACAACUUUACACCUGAAUGCACGCCAAACCUCUGUGACUAUAUAAAGGCAACCUGGAGGAGGGACUGCACAUUUCCAGCGCAUGCAGCAGCCGCGGAGGAAUUGGCCGGCUCUCCAGCCCAAGCAAACCUCUGCUCACCAUGCUUCCUCCUGCCAUUCAUUUGUCCCUCAUUCCCCUCGCGUGCAUCCUCACGAAAAGCUGCUUGGCUUUUAAAAAUGAUGCCACCGAAAUCCUAUAUCCACAUGUGGUGAAGCCUGUCCCAGCACACCCCAACAGCAGCAGCACGCUGAAUCAAGCCAGGAACGGAGGCAGGCAUCUCAGUCACACUGGACUGGAUCGAAACACUCGGGUUCAAGUGGGCUGCCGGGAGCUGCGGUCCACCAAGUACAUCUCCGACGGCCAGUGCACCAGCAUCAGCCCGCUGAAGGAGCUCGUGUGUGCCGGCGAGUGCUUGCCGCUACCCGUGCUCCCCAACUGGAUCGGGGGAGGCUACGGCACCAAGUUCUGGAGCAGGAGGAGCGCGCAGGAGUGGCGCUGCGUCAACGACAAGACGCGCACGCAGAGGAUCCAGCUGCAGUGUCAGGACGGCAGCACGCGCACCUACAAAGUCACCGUGGUCACCGCCUGCAAGUGCAAGCGGUACACCCGGCAGCACAACGAGUCCAGCCACAACUUCGAGAGCGUGUCCCCGGCCAAGCCCGCCCCGCACCCCAGGGAGCGGAAACGAGCCAGCAAGGCCGGCAAGCACAGCCUGAGUUAGGGCGCCCGCUCUCGGACCGGGACUGACCGGGGGUCACCGACCCUCUGCUUUGCAGACUGGGUUUGCUUUGCGAGAGACUGGAGCCUGCCAUUGCUGUGUCUCACUUGAAAGUUGACGCUUUCUACUUUGAUCGCACCCAGUGAGCUGCCCUGAGUAUCAGGAGCUUCUUGGGGGAGGUGAAUGAGGGUGGGGGUGGGAAGGAGAGUUUUUAUUUUAUUUUUUUCCUUUUUAAGUUUUUCAUGAGGUCACGACCAAUCAGAGCAAUUUGCAAUUCAAUUCCACGCCUCCUGCUCUUAAAAGUUGUUGAUCCUAUGCAGGGAUCUGUAAGACAGAAGAGUCUUUCAGGUACCUUCCACUCCCUAGCCCAUCCCCAUCCCCCAAAACAACCUUCACAACAGAAGAAACAAAAAAAGAAAAGAAAUAUGGUAGCCAUGAACUAUCCACAGUUGCAUUUCAGACAGGUCCGGUGGCCCGCCCAUGAUCUUCCCUAUGUAAAAUGCGAAAGAGCUCCUGACAUUUUCACUUUUGAAAACAAGCCCUGUAGCUUUUUCCAGUCUCCCAGUAGGACGUUGUACCCCGCAUGCUGACUCUUGCUUGGAGUGGAAUGCCAGAAAUGCUUGGCAGCAGCUAAUAAGUAAAGCUGAUUAACUAUUUAUUUGUCAAUGUUAUUAUUUAAUUGAGCUUUCUACCUGUGAUUUUUUUCAAAAUGUUAAUUUUCUUUUUUUUUUUUAAUGUUUUGAAGCUUUUUCAUGUACUUAAAUAUUUGCCUCUGUGAUUUGUGGUUGAGCAGAAAAUAUGAAAGUAUGUGUUGUAGAUAUGUAAAAUAAAUAAUUUAGCCCCUUUAUUGCUUAUGUUGCAUCAUGGACUUUGUCAAUAGUAUGAAUCUUUCUAAAUCCAUGAGAUGCUUUGUAAUCCUGAAAUAGGUAAAACUUCCUUGUUUAAACUGUGCAAUUGGAAGCUGACUUGACUUUCAAUCCCACUGGUAUCUUUCAACAAAAAAUAAACACUCCUAAAAGUGA